AAUCCAAGCGGCGUUUUGAUGCAGCAAACAGAAAUGAACGGCUUACCUGCGCUGUAGGGGUGUAAACCGUAAGAAAUCAAAAAGUAAAAAACAACUCAGAAUUAAAGUAGGUUUUUACGCGUGACCAACAAAAUUUUGCCCACAUUUAACAGCUUGAGCGAAGCGUAUAAAAUUUGGUUCACUAAUUCUGGGAAAUCUCAUGUGAAUUUGCUUGUGGCAAGAGAGGUGGAGGAAAAAGAAAAGAAGAAAAAAUUAAAAAAAAAAAUGAAUUGGGAGCAUACGUAAAACCCCAACAACUGGUGCUAUGUUCGAUAUGUGAGAGUGAGCACAAAAAAGCACCGUCAGCUUGGAGCCGAAUGUGGCUCCCCAACGGUGCUUAUCAAUUGCUUUUGCGAAGACGAGAGAGCCUACUCUGGCAUGCUGUUGAGCGUAGUGUGAAGCUUUUUGUUUGGUUUCUGAUGAAAUUCAAUGGAAGCGCAAUCGACGGCGAGAGCACUGGUAUAAAAGCGGCUGCACAACAGCUACGGAACAUUCAUUGUGAAAUUAAAAAUCAAAAUUGAAGCAAGUCAAAAGAGCGCUUGAACGGAAUAAAUUGCAUACGCGUUACUACACUAGCCAAGUGAAAGCAUAGCGAAAAGAAUUUCAUAACAAAUUGUGAUAAAGCAAAAGCAAAAACAAAACAGACAUUUUUAUAAAGAAAAUUGCAGUGAUAGAAAAAAACAGCAAAGAAAAACACACCCCACAAAAAGGCAAACAUUAAAAGAGUGUCAAAAGUACACAUUUUCAAAUCAAACUAAAAGCAAAAAAGUGCUUAAGAACACUAACAAACAACAACAACAACAAAAAGAACUCAAGCAACAAGUGCCGAUAAAAGUGAAAACAUUGCCAAAGUCAAAGACAAUCGUGUUCGAGUGGAAAUCGGAACUGUUACCAAGCGGUCAUAAGCAGCAAUUAACGUCGCCAGCGACAAUCACUACUUCAACCGUUAGUACCAACAACAGCGUGAAAAUUCCGCCAUACGCGCAACAACCCAUCUAUCAAACACACACAUACAAAAUGGUUGUAGACGAAGCACGCAUUCAGCAUUAUCAAAACACCAAAGUCAUGAGCGACAUCAAUCUGGGCCAACAUCUCGAGGCCAUCAAUGAUAAAGCCACCAAGCAAAUGGAUUAUUCAAAAAUUGGGCGUACCGUUAAGACAGCACUGCUGAAGGCACAAGCUGAGUCCCGUGUCAUUGUAGGACUCAGUGCCGCCAUUCAAGUGCUUUCCAAGUCACCAGAGGGUUCACUCUUCUGCCUGAUGGCCGUGCCACAAAUUGGCGACUCUGCCACGCACAUGCAUGAGGUGCUGCUAGAAGCCUUCUGCUACGAGAAUGACAUCUAUGUCAUCAAAGUUGAUUGCCCCACCAAGCUGAGCCGCAUUCUGGGCAAAACCGAGGUAGAAUCUUGCUGUCUGGUACAGAAGACAUGGACCGGUGCCGCCGAUGAGGACAACGAGGAACAGCUGAAUAAGCAAGAAGCAAUGUUGGUCGACUACUGCGAGGCAUUUUGGGAUGCACCACAACAUCCAAUUGUCGAUUUGCCGGUCGUGUGAGUGCAUGGAUGUACAGUUUAAAAAAAAUUUUGAACGAGAAGCACACAUAACGCACAUGCAUACCUAUGGAAGCGGUUUAUGGUAUAACUUCUCUGAUGGUGAAAUUAUGAAAAAUAAAACAUUUUUGGCUUACAAAAAAGAGCGUGAACGAUGUCUGGAACAUAACGCCGACAUUGGUACGUUCGAAAAGGGAAAAACCAAAAAACAAAUCGAAAAUCGAAAAUCUUAAAACUGGAUUGUUAUGAAGCACAAGUCGAAAAAAGAAGACGAACAAGAAGAAGGUGUGAAUGCAGAUGAAAAUAUUAAAGAAGAAGAAGAAGUUGAAGAAUGCGGAGCUGUUGCCUCGAAUGCAAAUUUUGUAUACUAGCGAUACUAGCAAUGGAUUCGAGGCCAUCCGCCUGUGACAUUCCAGUCAAUUUAACAAAUUAAUAAGUAUUAGAAAUUAAUGUUAAUUAAUUUUGAAAUCAAAUAGUCAACGACACACACACUGUACGCCCCCAGCAAUCAAGCAAACUGUACUCGCAUAACAGCAGCCAAGCGGGCAAACAGUAAAGCUGAAGCAACAACAAAAACCUCAAUCAAUGCAAGCCGUCGUCAGCUCCCCCGCCAGCAGCAACGACCUUGUCGCCGUCGUCACAAAUAAUGCAACGGAAGAGCGCCGGAUUUACAAUUGCAGUACACAACCAACCAGCACAGCUUAGUCAGUAUUCAACCAGUAGUGCGAGUGCGUUCGUGCGUGUUGAGCGCGUGCGACGAGGAAGUCAGAUUAAGAUCAGCAACAACAAUGACGAAAGCGACAACACCAGCAACUGAACGGCUUUACUGUUAAUUCUACUUUAUAGACUAAAAAAAAUGUAUACCUCUAGUAUGUAUGAUCAGAAAAAAAGUAUCUGAAAUAACGCUUUAUAGGUCAUUAAUUAAAAUAGAAAAUAUGAGUGAAAAAAUGUAUGCAAACUCAUAAUUUAGACAGGGGAAGAAAGUGAAUAUUACGUAAAAAGUUUCAUAAAAUGAAAGAUGUUGACCUUAACUUAAAAGCUUAAAUUGAGUAAUUGUUUUAAAUUAUUUCAAUCAGAAGAGCAAAAAACAAGCAAAAACAAAGAAGUUGUUUCUAAUAUUUGUUCAAUAGCAGUUGCGCUAGAAAUUUAUUUUUUAUAUGGAAAAAAUUGUAAAAAAAUUCAUAUAUUUAGAUGUUGGUUAAUUAUUUGUUAUGUUAGCUUUUUGUUGCAUGCUUUAUAAAAUUUGGGAAAAAUACGCAUUAUGUAUAUUAAAUAAAUGUAUAAAUGAACCCAUAGCAUCAUCAAAUGUAAUUAAUUCUAAGUUAAAGAAAAAAUGAGAAAAAACUAACACAAAAUACAAUGACUAAAAAAUGAAGAAUAGCAAAAAUGUUGCAAGAAAAAGUAUUGUUAAUAAAACAAUUUAUAAAUUGAAAACAAAAA